AUGCUAGGCCAGUCAAACUACCUGGCUAUUGUUGGUGGAGGAAGAAAUCCCAAAUUUCCUCAGAACAAGUUGGUGAUCUGGGACGAUGCGAAACAAAAAGCAGUCAUCACACUCGAGUUCCGUACGUCCGUCCUUGGUGUCCGUCUAUCGAAAUCGCGAAUCGUUGUUGCUUUAUUGAAUAGCAUACACAUUUUCGCUUUUUCCAAUCCGCCACAGAAGCUCUCAGUCUUCGAAACGACCGACAACCCGAUCGGUCUGGCUUGCCUAGGGCAGAAGUUACUCGCUUUUCCAGGAAGAUCUCCAGGGCAGGUCCAGAUCGUCGAGCUGGAAACAGGAAAUGUCAGCAUCAUACCUGCCCAUAGUACUCCGCUGCGUGCCAUGGCGUUAAGUCCGGACGGAGAAGUGCUGGCAACAGCGAGUGAAGCGGGUACAUUGAUACGAGUGUUUUCUACCAGCAACUGCACAAAGAUGGCUGAACUACGACGAGGAGUUGACCACGCGGUGAUCUUCUCACUUGCGAUAUCACCUUCGAACAAUUUAUUGGCCGUGACAUCGGAUAAGUCUACUCUCCAUGUGUUUGAUAUUCCCCAUCCACGAAAUCAGUCUCGCCGAAGCCAAUCGCCUUCCUCGCCGUCGGAGGAAGGGACAAACCAGAAAUGGGGGAUCUUGGGUAAAAUUCCCCUGCUCCCGCGAGUAUUCUCUGACGUGUAUUCUUUUGCGAGUGCCCAUUUUGAGAUUGGCGAAGAAUCGCCCCCAGGGUCACUCUACGUCCCCCCUUUAGGAACAUCGUUUGCACGACCGUCAAAAGGCGUCCUGGGCUGGCCCGACGACCGGACCAUUCUUGUGGUUGGCUCUGGCCGAGAUGGGCGAUGGGAGAAAUUUGUGAUCCGCGAAGGGGAUGAUGGGAAGCGGCAUUGUGUGAGAGAGGGUUGGAAAAGAUAUCUUGGGGUCGGUUGA